ACCACCUCGACCAACCCUCCUCCAAAACUGGCGCUGGAGAAGCGGGUGUGGGUGCGCGGUCGGGCGAGCGCCGAGGUGUCCAUCGGGUGGCAGCAGCGGCACCUUCUUGCCGGCUGGCGGCCCGGCGGAGGACGCGUUCAGCCGAACGAGCCCGUCUCGUAGAAACACAGGAAUCAUUUAUGCACUGCAGUUUCUCUCGCCUCUCUCCCUCUACUCCCUGUCUUCCUCUGCUCCUUAGGAUAUUUUGGGUGGAUUGUGGUUAUCAAUCAAGACUUCCUCUUCUUUGCUGAGCACUUGUCAUUUUCACCAGGAUUAGUAUUGUUUGGGGCAAGCGGACAACCGAUUCUUUCUUUUUUUUCCAUUCUUCUUUUCCCUUUGGAGAUUUUUCCCCCCAACGCCUCCCCCUCCACCUCCUCUUUCUUUUUCUAUUAUUUUUUUUCGGCUCUGCGGAAAGGGUGCUAGGACCCGGCAAGCACCCUUCCCCCUCGCCCCGCAGCGCUUUCCCCACAGCCGCCCAGCAUCAGGAAACCCCGCUGGACCGCCGCUCCCCGGGUACCAGUGCGCGACAGCCCGGACCCGGCCUUCGGCGGCGGCGCGCUGGGCGCAGAGCUGGGCGCGGAGCUGCCCGCGGGCGGCGCGGGGGGCCCCAAGGCCGGCCGCCUCCUCAUCCCCCCCCCACUCCUCGCCGCACCUGGAUGGUUCCUGCCGCCGGCUACGCGGGCACUUUCUGAACUAGGAAGGAAGGGGCGACUCAGGGAGGUGGGAGGGGGGGCCGCCGAAGUCUGUAUGGAAUUACCUGCGCCCGCGGCGGAGCUGGCAGCGGUGGAUGGAUGGGCGACGCGUCCGCGGCACUCGCGGCCAGCUCAGCCCCAGGAGUAAACACGGGGCUUCUCCGGCCGAGUGCGCAGUGUGGUGACCGGCACUCGCCUCGCUGACUGAUCGCACCGGAGGGAUAUUUCGGGAGCCUCCUGUGGGAAGCAGCCACGGACAGACAGAAGAUGAAAGCUCCUAUUCCCAACUUGAUUCUCUUGUAUGCUACUCUAACUCAGAGCCUGAAGGUUGUGACCAAAAGGGGAUCAGCUGAUGGAUGCACUGACUGGUCUGUGGAUUACAAGAAAUAUCAAGUUCUAGUGGGAGAACCUGUUCGUAUAAAAUGUGCACUCUUUUAUGGAUAUAUCAGAGCUAAUUACUCACUAGCCCAAAGUGCUGGACUUAGUUUGAUGUGGUACAAAAGCUCUGGACCUGGAGAUUUUGAAGAACCUAUAGCUUUUGACGGGACUAGAAUGAGCAAAGAAGAAGACUCCAUUUGGUUCCGACCAACGGUGGUACAAGACAGCGGGCUCUAUGCAUGUGUCAUAAGAAACUCAACUUACUGUAUGAAAGUGUCCAUUUCGCUGACGGUGGGUGAAAAUGACAGUGGACUCUGCUACAAUUCAAAGAUGAAAUAUUUUGAGAAAGCUGAACUUAGUAAAAGCAAGGAAAUCUCAUGUCCUGAAAUUGAGGAUUUUUUAUUUCCAUUUAGGGACCCUGAAAUUCUGUGGUAUAAGGAAUGCAAGUCAAAGACGUGGAGACCAAGUAUUGUGUUUAAAAAGGACACUCUUGUCAUUCGGGAAGUUAGAGAGGAUGACAUUGGAAAUUACACUUGUGAGUUAAAAUAUGGAUUCUUUGUUGUCAGAAGAACCACGGAAUUAACAGUUACAGCACCACUAACAGAUAAACCACCAAAGCUUUUACACCCCUUGGAGAGUAAGCUAACAAUUCAGGAGACCCAGUUAGGUGGUUCAGCUAAUCUAACCUGCCGAGCCUUCUUCGGCUAUAGCGGAGAUGUCAGUCCUUUAAUCUACUGGAUGAAAGGGGAGAAGUUUAUUGAAGAUCUGGAUGACAGUCGAGUUUGGGAAAGUGACAUCAGGGUUCUCAAGGAACAUCUCGGGGAACAGGAGGUUUCCAUCUCAUUGAUUCUUGACUCUGUGGAAGAGGCAGACCUCGGGAAUUACUCUUGCUACGUUGAGAAUGGAAACGGACGCCGACAUGCCAGUAUUCUCCUACAUAAAAGGGAGCUGAUGUACACAGUUGAGCUUGCUGGUGGGCUUGGUGCUAUUCUGCUGCUGCUUGUUUGUUUAGUGACUCUCUACAAGUGUUACAAGAUAGAGAUCAUGCUCUUCUACAGGAAUCAUUUUGGAGCUGAAGAACUAGAUGGAGACAACAAAGACUACGAUGCAUAUCUAUCUUAUACCAAAGUGGAUCCUGACCAGUGGAAUCAAGAAACUGGAGAAGAAGAGAGAUUUGCUCUUGAGAUCCUACCAGAUAUGCUUGAAAAGCAUUAUGGAUACAAACUGUUCAUACCAGACAGAGAUUUGAUUCCUACAGGAACCUACAUUGAAGAUGUGGCAAGAUGUGUAGACCAAAGCAAGCGACUCAUCAUCGUCAUGACUCCAAAUUACGUGGUAAGAAGAGGCUGGAGCAUCUUUGAACUGGAAACGAGGCUUCGAAACAUGUUAGUCACAGGAGAAAUCAAAGUGAUACUAAUUGAAUGCAGUGAACUACGAGGAGUUAUGAACUACCAGGAGGUGGAGGCCUUGAAACAUACCAUCAAGCUCCUCACCGUCAUUAAAUGGCACGGACCAAAAUGUAACAAGUUAAAUUCCAAGUUCUGGAAACGUUUACAGUACGAAAUGCCUUUUAAGAGGAUUGAACCCAUCACACAUGAGCAGGUUUUAGAUGUCAGUGAGCAGGGGCCCUUCGGGGAACUGCAGACAGUCUCGGCAAUUUCCAUGGCUGCUGCCACCUCCACUGCUCUUGCCACUGCCCAUCCAGACCUGCGCUCCACCUUUCAUAACACAUAUCAUUCACAGAUGCGCCAGAAACACUAUUAUAGAAGCUAUGAAUACGAUGUACCUCCAACCGGCACCCUGCCGCUUACCUCAAUAGGUAACCAGCAUACCUACUGCAACAUCCCUAUGACACUUAUAAACGGCCAGCGGCCACAGACAAAAACUAACAGGGAGCAGAACCCAGAAGAGGCUCACACAAACAGUGCCAUACUCCCCCUCUUGCCACGGGAGACCAGUAUAUCGAGUGUCAUUUGGUGACUGAAACGCAAGGGGCCGUCCACUCCCUUGAGUAGGAGCUGAGUCUGCAGUCCGGUGCCUGGAACUACAUCCUCGACUGCUGCUGUUAAACAUGCAUUACAAUCGAUCACACACACGAGGAAAAACAGGGUCUUGUACAUAUGGUUUUUGCAAUUUCUUUGUAGCAUCAGUCUUCCUGUUUUACUCAUGUCUCUUCCCAUUCACAUUUUCGACUUUGUUUUAUAUGUCAUUGGAGUUUGUAUAUUUACAUUUUUUUAAAUGAAGAGACUGCUGUAUAGAUAGGAAACCUUUUGGCUUCAUUAGUAUAGUUUUAGACCUUUUUUGUUUGUUUGUUUGUUUGUUUGUUUGUUUGUUUUUAACCUCUCUUGGGAAUGCUUGGACAAAGCUAUGUUGAUAUCAGAAGCACUAUCCAUUUUGUCGGCCUGCCUAGCCUGAUUCCUGAAGGCCAUGCCUGCUGCAGUUCACCUCUCUUUGGAGAAUAUUUGUUCUUAGAAGGACCCCAUCCCUCACUGAAAGCUCCAGUUUCAUUUCUAUUCCCAUAAUGUGCACUGCUCCUCUCCUGCCUUUACAAGUGACCUCCAUUCGGGGUAACACUACAGUCUGACCAUCUAACAUGUAACUUGGUAGAUACCUGUCAAACAACAGAAUAUACUCAAUCUGUAUCGGUUGCUUCACAGUAGUCACUACAGAGUGUAUAGAAACUAGAGAUGCUUUGAUUUUUUGCUUUCGUGGGUUUGGUUUGGUUGGUGGUUUUGGGGUUGGGUUUUUUUGGUUGGUUGGUUGGUUGGUUUUAUUUUGGUUUAAUUAUUAUUUGAAGACUAAGUCGGUUGUAUCCCUUUUAUAAAUACAAGAGCAAACUCUAUUUUUAACAGCUCCUGGGGGGAAAAAAGCAUCCAUGUGGUCGUGGAAUUGAUUUUAAAUACAUUUAACCUUUUUUUUUUAUUAAUAUUAUUAUUUUUCCCCCUUUCAAAGUCCCUCAAAUAAGACCAUUUGCAAUUGUCAGGCAAGUGAAACAAGCGAGGCAAUAGGCGCUGAAGUGCAGAGAGUCCUGCUGAUCCUUACAGCAAUGACUUCCAAACCAAAGGGGAAUACAGAGACAGUAUUGUAGAUGGUUUAUUACUUUGUAUUAUAGAAAAUGUUAUUUUCUAAAAAAAAAAGGAAAAGCAAAAAGAAAAAGGGAAAAAAAAGUCAAAGUAAAACCUUAUUUUGCUUUGGGUUACAGAGACCCUUUGUAUUUUACUGUUCCAAAACCUGUAUCUGCUUUAAAAUGAUAUAUUCAGGAUUAAGAAAUCUUUUUUUUUUUUAACAUUUGGUUUUAGCAUGUAAUUAUAAGUAAAAUUUUAUGAAUUUCAACAUGAUUUCAGUAAGAUCUCAGGCAAAAAAAAAAUAAGAGAGAGACAAGACAUGAAUACCAACACUGUUUUCAGAAUAAACUUUAUUUACACAAAAUUAAUAUUUAAAUCAGACCUGGAAGUAUAAAAACCAAUUUAUUCACUUUGAUGAAUAAAUAAAUUAGUAUUUAUUUUUUAUGUAUGAUUCUAUCUCUAAGGAGUUUCAACUAAUGUGUGUAUCGUGGCUACCAGGGAAGAAAAAAGGAAACCCUACUACGUUUACAUCUAGACAAAUGAAACAGGCAUCAUAUCUAUGUUCUAAAGAAUGGAAAAGGUCCUUCUGGUUUUAGAAAGAGAAAUGAGCUGUGCUGUAGCUCUGCAACAUAUCCAGGCCAAGCUCUCUGCUAGUUUCUGCUAGCAGAGAGCAGAGGAACUGAUGUAAAGUUACUAACUGCAGCACUGGCAUAUAGUCCUGGUUGUGAUUGCCCUAGCAGAAAGGUAGCUGCUACCCUGGUAGACAGACCUUGUAGGCUAUUUAGGUAAUUCAUUAGCUUUAGGGAAUUGUAUGGUAGCUAAAUGAUGUUGGCCGACACAAUGGAACUGUGGGGUUUGUUCAUCCUGCUUGUCACAAUGAAACAACAAAAGUACAGCUUAUGAUAUUUUGAUCUUCUUAAUGAGAAGUGAUGAGUAGAGAGCAGGUAAGCUGCAGUUUGGAGGAUGUUUGUGAGAGUAAUCCAGAGCUGACAUUGUGGGUGGAAAUGACUAUGUUCAUGAUGUGAAAGUCGAGAAAUGUCGGUAUCUGCACAAUACGCUGGUGGAGCUCGGUAGCUACACAACGAGCUGAUGGGAUGGGCACUGAUUUUUAUUUGCUUAAAAAUUGCUUAUUUCUCUGACAGUUUGCUCAAGUUCUUUUCUACACUCUGUUCCUUAUUACGGUGUCUCCCUCUGGACAAGUGCCAAACAUCUGCAAAACGGAAAUGGAGCUGCCAGGCCAGAUAAAAUGUUAAGAGCUUUGCACAUUUGGUUAUUUUCAUAGCAUAAGGAAGCAGUUAUUUAUUUGUUUGUAGAGACACCUGUCAGGCACUAAAGGCAUUUCCUUCAUUCAACCGGAUGCCAAAUACCCAAGGAUCCUCUGAAAGCAAUGCAUUGUUUUUACCCCUUUCUCCCCCGCCUUUACGUUCCCCGUGGUAAAGACUGGGAUGUGGAGUAAGUGUAGGAUGUAACUCUCUGACCACAGUCACAUUUAGCUGAUCAGUAGAUGUUCCCUUAGCCACACGGGGAGUCAUUUUCUGUUGUUCUAUUUUUAGUGUAGAUUUAAAGCACUUUGAAUAGCAUGAUUCAGGGAUUGAUGGAUACUAUUUGAUAUUCAUACUACUUAAAAACAAAACCAAUUUUCUUAGAAUGUUUUGUCAUAAUAUUAAACAAAAGAAAAAGUAAAAAAAAAAAAACACAAAACAAUUGAAAAAAAAAAGGAAACAAAUCACAGAACAGUACCUGAAAUAAACAGAGAAGCUGUCUGUGGCUUUAGAAACAUUCCUCCUUAGUAUUCCUCCUCGACGAACAGCUCUGUGUGGGGAAGAGUGAAGGAAACUGUUGCGUCUUCACAUGGUCUAUGUUUGACAGAAGUUCUGUUGGAACACAAAAUAAAAUGGAAAAGAAAAAAAAAAUUGAACUUGUCCUUGCCCUAGUGCUUAGGUUUCAUCCUCUUUCUUUUGUUUGCUUUGCUUUGCUUUUGGCAAAGGGGUUCCAGUUUUUGACGACACAGCGGGAACUGUGCAUGCAAUAGCCACACAUAAGGUUUAGCCAUAAGCAAACAGCACUUUAAAAACUGCAGAGUGGGAUGAUCAGACAAACUUAUUCUGACCAGUCACUAACUUACUGCCUGUAUGUGGAUUCUAUGCACGUGAAUUACCCAAGUGUGGUGCUUUGUUUCUAUAAGGCUCUCUCUAAUCAGGGCAGUCCUAUAAAGCUAAAGGACUCCGUUGCACAACCUGUGGAAAUUCAGUAUAUAGGUUAUUUGGACAGUACAUAUGAGCUGCACAGAUGUGAAGGACUCUGUACAGUACUCAGCUAAUAAUUGUGAAGACAAAGUGCAGUAUUCAGCUAAAUAAUUGUGAAGACAAAGUUCAUUUCUGGGUCCGAUUCUGUUCUCAGUUGCAGCGGUACGAUUUGAGAGUAAAUCUAAUAAAGGUGAAUGAGUGCAAGAUUGAUGUGUGUGGGAGAAGAAAAUUGGAAAAGCAAAGAGGAAAGGAAUUCAUAUUUGCAGUCUAUGACGAGCUGAAAUCUUGGCUGUAAGGAGAGCAGCAGUGAAAUGUCUCCUGCAUUUUAGUAGGGCUACAGUUUUCACCUGGCAGCCGACAUCAAACGUUUCCAAUACGAUCUGGUCCAGAGCUAAAUAACUGUUAGGCUUAGAUGCAGACUAGGAGUUUCCUAUUACUACACAGCUGGGAAAAGCAUGUGUGUGUUGCAUAAUGGGUGAUAAUCAACUUCAAAAUAAUUGGAAAGCUUGUUAUACCCGCCUGAUUAAAAUUCACUAAGUUUUCCUUGGA